CGUAACUCAAUUGUUGUUUUAUGCGCACAUACACUUUUACCAUCAGCACGUUAUAACCGUGUUGUUCCGAAAUAAUGCGAACAGCUUGAUGUUGGUGUAUCUAGAAGUAGCUGAAGUGUCUCUUUUACUUUUUCAGUGUGAUCAAAAUGGCGUCGCCAAGUGUACCAGUGCCGAGGGCCCGUCAGCCUGGGCUAACUCCUUCGAAAAGCUGCUUGAGGAUCCCUUGGGCCUACAUACCUUCGCUGAGUUCCUGAAGAAAGAAUUCAGCGCGGAGAACAUCUACUUUUGGUGCGCGUGCGAACGGUACCGCCGUUUACCUACCAUUGAUCGAUCCGGCACGCCCACCGGAGGCGGGACAGGAAGCGGUGGUGAAGGGACUGGCACCGCCCCUAGCAGCGCUGCACCCAAUUGCGAACGGCUGCAGGAGGCUCAACGCAUCUACAGCCAGCAUCUGGCGCAAGGAGCGCAGGAGGCCGUGAAUGUGGAUGCACACGGGAGGCAGUGCGCGGAACAGGGGUUGCAGGACCCGGACAACACGAUCUUCGACCAGGCGCAGAAACAGAUCUUCAACCUAAUGAAGUUUGACAGCUACCCACGAUAUCUGCGUUCCGACAUCUACAGGCGGUGCGUGUCCGGCGAAGUGGACCGCGCCCCGCUAGAUGCCCGCCUCCAGCUGCAACCGACCGCCCCCCUGCAGGCUACCACGCCCCCCGCGAAGCUCAAGAAGUCGGUCAGUAAUGCCGAGGAUAGGCGGCGGAAGUCGUUGUUGCCAUGGCAUAGGAAGAAUCGGUCAAAGUCAAAAGAUCGAGGAGAAAUCGAAUAUGCUCAAAAACAGGAAUGUACGGGCGUAGAAAACGAAAUUCGUAGGAAUGGAAGGAGUGAGAUGCAUUCGAGCGGGUCGUCGUUGACAUCGUUGGAUCUCGCUAUUUCCAAUCAGGAUACUUCGAAGACUGGUCAAAACAAUCGCGAAGACUCGUCUGGAAAUGGUCGUUCUGCCUUAUGUAAAGUAAAUUUAAGUAACGGUAGCACGACCGUUGUACAAAUUAGAGAAUCAGAAACUAUACAGGAACUUGUAAAUAGAUUAUUAGAAAAAAGAGGACUUAAUUAUUCGUCGUAUGAAGUAUACACCGAUAAACAUGGAAAGCCGCAAGACAUCACAGCUCCAUCGUCGACCCUUUCAGGUCGCGAGGUCCUUGUCGAACGUCGCGUAACCUUGAAACUUGACCUUCCUAACCGUAAAACGGUAACCGUGAAAUCGCGCGGUUGCAAACAGUUGAGUGAAGUGCUGCGAUCAACGUUGCACAAGUAUCAGUACCAAAUGGAUAAAGUGACAGUCGUUGAUGCUGAUGGAAGGCCUUUGGACCUUAGGCUGUCCGUCAGUGAGGUCGAUGGGAUGAGGGUUGGUGUCAGGGUCAAAGACGACGUCAAGCAAGACAAUUCAAUCCCUGUGUUAAAAGUGAAUAAUGUUAAGGUUAAUAAGCUGGAAGAAAUUACUAAUAAAGUUUUUGAGGGUAUACUCCAAGAGAAAGCCGACUCUGCCACAUUCAAGCAUUCCAAGUCGGACAGAGGAUCAGUGAAGAGUGAAGAUUGGGGUUCGGAGCAUUCUUCAACGUUCAUAGGUAAAUUUUUAAGGAGAGAUUCCGGUAUACAUGACAGGAAGAAGAAAUUAGCUAGUAGAUGUAAGGGAAAUGGUAAUGAAGAGGUUAGCGGGGACCAAAAUCAUUCGAAAAAACCACUAAUCGCCAAACUGAAGGCUGGUGCCAACAAGUUGCAUGUUACGAGCAGUGAAAGUGAUGAAUUAGUGGAGGGUCUAACUAGGGCUCAACGAAGGUUAGAAGACCAAAGGGGGACAGAGAUCAACUUUGAGCUGCCAGACUUUUUGAAAGACAAGGAAAAUAACAGUAGUCAGACUAUUGCAAAUAAACCGUCGCAGAACAAUACUCGAUUCUAUUUGGGCAACAACUCGAGAACAGAGGAGGUGUCCAACUACGAAAACAGAAACAUUGUAAUGCAGAACAGCAACACAUCGGAUACAGACAGAAUGCCGCCACCAGCCCCAACAGGGCAACCGCCCCCAUCCAACGUUUCCUCCCGCCAAACCGAAACGUCAAUAUCGCUGCACGGCCUAGACACAAGCACUGUUAAGGCACCAUCCAGACAAGCGAACGAUCCGCCGCCGCUACCGCCCAAGCCUAAGAUCGUGCCUAUACGGCCUCCGAAUUGGGGUCACUUGAACGGGUUCUACAAAGCCAAGGAUGGGGCGAUGAUAGCGACACCUGGAGUGCCCAUCCAAGAACACCAUCGCACGCAGGCGAUGUUCUUGGAGCAGUCUUCUAGCAGCUUCGUUUAGUUAUUGGGUUGGUGGAGGUUAUUGGCGUUCUGUCUAUGUAAAGUAUCAAAAAAGUUCUUAAAUAAUGUCAGUAUGCUACAAUUCAGAACCUAAUUGUAAAAUCAAGGACCUGUUGAGUCGUAUAAUUUGUUUGAAAUAAAGAUCGCACUAUUAGAUUCACCAUACUCCAUUCGAUUAGGCGACUGUGCUGACUGACAUUCCACCAGAAGAUACCCAAUUCAAUUGUGGCGCCGCCAACCAGUUAUGGUGACAACUAUACAGGGUGUUCCAUUAUAAUCUGCUACCUAAAUAUUUCGAGAAUUACGCAUCCUAGAAAACGAAGUUUCAAACAAAACUUGUAGGAUUUCAAGGGAAAAAAAUUAUGAUGACCUUCACCACGACCUUUAAAGUAAUUACAAGUUCAAUUCAACAUACUUAAAUAGAACUCCCUGUUUUACAUCGGAAUUGAAAAAUGGAGUAACUUUUACGUACAAAUGUGACCAUCACAAUGGCCUUGACUAUCUCCUUCCAGGCAAUUUCAAGGUCUAGUAAACAGACAGACCCGGAACCCUUUUGCACCGGUGGGCCGUCGGCGAUCUAGCUCUCUUCUAUUGCUACGGCGAGAGAUUUUGAUCCUCAGAGCUCUUCACAUGAUGUACCUGCCAGACAGACUCGCGUGACCUCGACCUCCCCUCCUACCCGUGUGAAUCUCGUACAUCCAGAAUUGACCGAUUCGACCGCUCCAUUGUCCCUGAGGUAUCGAGAUUGUGGAACAAUCUACAUGUGAGGCUUUUCCCAGUUCUACUUAUCUUGAACAGUUCAAAAAUUGGACUAACAAAGCUUCUUUAAGCUCCUCAUGCAGCCGCGGUGCCCGGGCAUUUAGGCGCCUGCCUGCACGGUUGCCUUGAUGUAAAAACGAUUCGCUCUAGCAAAAAUGUACGCCAUCAUUAUUUGUGAUAUUUGUGGGGAUAAUUUCUAAAGGAAACUUCUCAUUUUAAAACUGAAAAUGGGAAAAAGGGAACAUUUCACGUCCGAAUUUGACUUUGACCUCAAAGUCAAGAUCGCCUCAAGAUUGAAUGUUUUUUGAGAUCAGGGUUACAUUUAAACGUGAAAUUUCCUGCCAUAUAAAGAAGUGAAAUUUCGACUUGAUCUUGAAAGUCAUGGUCAAAAACCUCACUGUCCUGCUGCUGUCCAACAUUUGUGAUAGAGCAAAUUGUUUUCUAUGUCUUGAUUUCACCUUGAAAUCACCUUGAAUUGUUGUUAAGUAGUGGACCGAAAUGAAGCAUCGGAAACUGUUUUUACUGAUUAAAUUAAUAAAACAGUGGUAAAACUUUUUUAAUUAAUUCACAGCUAGACACACCCGACCAUGUUCACUCUCGAAAGUCCAACUGUCGUCUACUUCUCACAAGUCAUUUGUCACAUAUAGCAUGCAAAGGGUGUUACCAAAUUGUAAUUCAACAAGUAUGUAUGAUCAAGGUCAUGACCAACGUGAUAUUCGGACGUAAGCUUUCCUCCUAUUUGAAAAUAUUCACUUGACCUUGAAAUGACAUUGUCAUGCAGCAGUCGAGCCCUACAGCUUCACAAAUAUUUAGGUGGGAAAUUAAAAUGGCACACCUUGUAUGCGUGUCAACCACCAUCUUAAGGAGCCAGCAUUGCCUCCUUUCGGCCUGUUGCCUCAGAUUAUGGAAUUUUCUUUUUCGACUUUGGGUAAUUCUAAGAAUACUAAUACCCCUUUGCACCGCCUUUCUCGAAUAUGCUACUUAGCAAAAGUGAUCCGAAUGUUAAAGAUCAAGCUAAUUUUUUGAUGUACCAAUCCUAUUAGGUGAAAACUGAGCUAAGAUAAAGCUGUGUGUGUAUGUGUUUAUUUAGCUUAUGUUACAAUAUCACGUUAUCAUAAACAUAAAAAUCACGUAUCUAAAAUAUAAAGUCCUCAAUUUUCUGUUGGAUAUAGUUAAAUAUUGUGCAUUUUUUAUUUCUAGUGGUAAUCCUUAUAAGCUUAUAAGCUCCAACGAAGAGAUUUUUCCAAUGUCCUAGUUUUGAAGCAUUCAUUAUAAUAAUUGGCAUUUGAUCUUGAGCCAUUUGCUAGCAUACCAGAUUUUUUCAACAUAAAUGUGCCAAACUAAGUUGGUGAGUUCAUAAUUUUAUAUGUCAAAAUCAAGUUUGCAUCUUCUGAUUUCCUGCACUGUUAAAAAAUUCAAAUUUUGUCUCAUGUCUCCGAUUAGCGUGUUAUUAUUGCAAUUUAAUAGGAUUCUCAUUCACUUAGACAAUAAUAGUUGGAGCCUCUGCUUAUCAUCUACAAAACAAGAAAUUAGUGAUGAUGAGCAAUAUUAUUGUGUUAAAAAUUAUUUUUUACACCACAGACGGAGAGAAUUUGAAUUAAAUUCUGCCGAAAUAUAUUUUUUUUACCAUUUUUUUUUCCACACAUAUAGUCCGCAGUAAAAUUUGGUCUAUACAUCUGUCAACAGCACAUCUGUAGUAACUUUUUAGUAAAAAUAGGUCUGCUUCUACAAAUUGGUUGGUUGUUUGCCUUCUCUCACACCAAAGUUAUACGAGUAAAAAUACAAACCCGGUUAUAUGAUCAAUUGCAUUUCAAUUUAAAUUGACUGAAAGUAAUUUAUCCGCUGUACCCUAACUGUAUUUGCUGCCGUAAACAAAUCAAAUACAAUUAGCGUACAGUAACAGCACAUCAUAUGUCACUUUUUUUAGAUCGUCCUCGUCAGUUUAAAAAUAUUCUAAAGUAUUAUUAAGGCCCAAUUCUUCUAUUGACCCACGAGAAUCAACAUUUGUGCCUGGUGCGCAAAUUCGAGCAUCCAGAAGUUUAUGAAUUAAUGGAUCUGAUGAACAUAAUCGAUUUCUUGUAAGAUAUCUCAAACCAAAGAAAAAUUAUAUGUUUUUUUGAAAUGGGCGUCUAAUUCCCAUAAUGAAUCAAUACAUUCUUCAUAAAUCACUAUUUUUUCAGUUGAUUCCGGACGCAAAAUUAGAGAGGUCUCAAAUUGAAUCAACCAAACAGGCGGAUAUUCGCCCUGCUGUAUCAAAUCUGAUGCAACAUAUAUGCAAUUAUAUUGAAAGUAACUGAUACUACUUACCUGAGAGAGAUGAUUGUGGGAUGCGCGUAUACAGCUUUAGGUUGGUUAUCUUCACGUAGAAUACGUUAAUUACUGUUCUAAGGGAACUACUGCGAUUAUACCUUGCAGCAUGGCUGUGAGGAUCGAAAUUGUAUGUGAAGGUCCAAAUACAACAAAUUGGCAUCACCUUCAAGAAUAUUAUAUUGGUAAACUGAAUGGCAAUAAUUCAUAACCGAACUUAGUUCAGAAGAUUUGGCGACUCCCUCUUUAUAUAAAUAGCUAUUGACAAAAAUAAUAGUCAUUUUGUGAUACAUUGGGGUAAAUUAGGUGUGAUAAUGAGAUCUUUGUGAACAAGUGUACUCGGAUAGAACGUCAAUGGUCGGCACCCAACAAGAGAAAAGUUUUUGCAAUCUCAAUAAAGACAAAAGUGUUACUGAUAACUUAAAUGUUUUGUCUAGAGCACCAAAUGAAAAAAAAAAAUGAGAAUUAGUAGAAGUAGAGGAAUCAAGUAGUAGACUUUUACAAAUGCGAACAUUACCAAAUUAUUUGGUAAGAAAGUAUUUUACACCACAUUCCACAGCCUCUCCUAAAAGUUGGAUUUCUGUCUUCUAAAAUUAAUUCUCUGCUAUUUUUUGCUUUUUGUUCAUUUGUUAAUUUUCCUGAUAAUAAAUUUUUGGAUCGCAGUCCAAUAGAAAUCGUCAGGUGAGCUAAACAAAGUAUUUGAAUUGUCAGUUUGUUUGGAACAGUGAGCUAUUUGAAUCGUUUAGAUGAAAUCAUUAUAUUAUAACGAUAGAUUUCAAAAGAUGUAAGAAAUACUGCAACAUCUGGCAUUUAUUCUGUUGACAAUCACUUAACCCUCUUUGACCACUUUUAAACAAACAAUAUACAAAUAAUAUAAAAGAGAAAAAUGAUAGGUAUUAAAAUCAGCCAGAUUCAUUCCUAAAUGUGCCAUUUUUAAUUGAAGCUUCCAAUUGCUACUAAUGUUGCAGUAUUCGUGAAAAACCCCACAUAGAACACAAAGUUGAGAGUUUUAGGAACUGCACUACUUUUGGAAUGAUUUCAGAAAGUGCAAUAAUAAUCCCCUUGGAGAUCACCAAAAUUAGUUCAGUUUUUUUUUAAAUAACGCUAUUUGUACUGAAAAACUUUGAGUGUGUUUUUGAAGAUCGUUUUUACAAUAUAAGUCGACUAGUUCCUAGGUUUCAUGUAAAAUGCAUAUAAGUUACGUACCUUAUAGAGUAAAAUCUCGUAGCUCCUAGGUGUAACUUAUUUUCUAGAAGAUAAAACGUGAGUCAUUGAGUAUCGUUUAUAAGUCAGAUAGAUGGCCAAUUCACCGAUAUCAGGUAAGAAAAGCCAGCAAAAAUAGGGCUAACUUUGUCGGCUGUUUUUAUAUAUACUUUGUAAAAUAUUAUUACCAAUUUCCAGAACUUUAAAGCAAUUCUCGCCAGCCAUAACUUCCGCCAGAUGCUUUAAAGCCGGGUAUCUCGUUAUAAAUUGACCUCUAUCGAACUUGUUUGUAUGAUCUUUUAGAAAAAAAAAAUGUGUUUCAUACGAAAGUUAUAGAGUCCAAAGUUUUUCGUGUUAGGUUCUUUAUUUGUAUACUCUCAGAAUACUCCUAUCGAAUAACGUUGCAUUUUUUAAACUGUUCGCUUUAUUUUAUAAGACUGACAUGGUAUAUACAAAAAAUACAUUGUCUGUAAAUUUUUAUAUUGUACCCUACAGCUUUUGUAUAAAACAUUUUUUUUUCUAAAUGCUCAUACAAAGAAGUAAGUGGGAGGUCAAUUUAUUGCGAGAUACCCUGUUUAGAGCGUCUGGCUGGCGGGAAGCGUCUGGCAUUGAUGGAUAUUACCUCGUAAUAAUGUUUUACAAAAUAUAUAUAAAAGUGAGUCGUCAGAAUUUAAGUUGGGUUAGUACUAUUCAGCUUAACUUUCACACCUGUCACCGGUAAAUCGACAGUCAACCAAACUUCGUAGGCACGCAGGGGUUAAAAGUACAUAUAAACGCUAUUCAGUAACCCGCCUUUCUUUUUUUAGAAAACUGAGUUAUGUCUGGCUACCCUGUGAUCUUGGACUAUUGCUAAAUACGCCAUAUUUUUCAUGCAAAGGUGUUUAUUGGGCGUUGUUUUUUCUUGGAUAGAUGACUGCCUUUUGUUUCAAUAUAAAUCAAAAUAAGAGCGCAUAAAAACAAUUUUGACAUUACAAAAUUAUUCGUACAAGUCAACAGUUGCUUUACAGAACAUGAAAACAUUUAUCAUUUUAUUUUCAUAGAUGUACAGUCGUCAAAAAGAAACUUACUGUCUAGAAAUUUUCACUUCAAGCAACUGUAAAAAAUCUACGUUACCAUCGUUACAACAAAACGAUUCUUUCAGAUAUGUUCCUAGGAAAAAAUAUGCUCAAUAAACGCGCUCUAAUAGAACCCCAUCGCGACGUAGUUUUAUCUUUUUAAAGUGAUUUUAAAAAUGAAGAUCUAGUGCAAAGGAUGUCACUUUUAUAUUAAGGAAAUAGCUAUUUUCUUUACUGUAAUGGGGUUUAUCUCUAUAGCUAUAACUGGAUGGCGCUAGUUAGUUUGGAGGUCAUAAGCUAUUUCGAGCGAUCUACCAUUCAAAACCGGUCGUGUUUGGUUUUGACUUUUUAAGUGUCACGGUUUGUAAUAGCUGUCCAAUGAUGACGUCGUGAAGUGGCUCUUCGUAAAAAAACUGUGUCUGGCAGUCAAGACCAGUAGAAACCUUAUCGGAUGAUUGCUUGUAUGUCAAACGUGAAACCUUGAAUGUAACAUAACUUUCAGGAAUUAUUCUUUUGUACCUUCUGUUGCUGUUUUAUGUCAUUUGUGAUUUAUAACUUUCCGUAAAAAGUUAUCAGUGAAUAUAAAAAAGAGAUAUCAGAUUGCACGGGGCGUAGAACUAUUUAGAUUUUAUGGAGUCAUCAUCAUCAUUGUUUUUUUAGCAGAACUUGAUACAUCAUCAGGUACGUUUUUGAUAUCACAGUAAAAUAUUUAUUUACUUAUAUUUCAAUCACAUUUAUAAUGGUUGUCGCUGGACCACAAAACAGCUGCAUAUGGCAACCCUGUUAUCAGAUUAAUAUUCUGUGUAAGAAAGGCAAAUGAUAGAAUAAUCAAGGGCAUAACCAAAGAAUAACCGCAAUUCAUCUCGGUUCGUCGCUUAAAAAUGCUUCAUGGCUAAGAUUAAAACAGACAAAGUUGUCAAUUGCUACUAGGUUUGUUCAUGCAGCGGUUAGUGACUGUGACUGGGAUCCUGUGUGAAUUCCAUCUGUACAGCAUAAAGGAAUGAACAGAAGUUGUUUGGCGGGAUCUUGGACACGAUCACUGACAGGUUGACAGCUGUACGAACAGGGCAUUAGUUGUUCACGUCAGCAGACAAAAUGUAUGUGUCAAGAAAAACGGGUUAGCUUCCUAUCAAAUCUAUUUUAUGCCCAUCGAUGUUUUACAGUUUGACCCCCAACCACGCAAGCGCCGUCUAGUGGAAGCAAAAUUGGACAUCGCUUCCAUUGCUACACGUCUCAGAUGUAUCAAAAACCCCGUAGAAAUAAUGAAAAUGAUCUGUAUGUUUAAGAAAAACGAGGAUUCUAGUAUAAGUAUAUUCCAGUGAUGGCCUAUAGAUUGCUGAGGGUUUUCCUCAGAGUUUAAAUCAUCUAGACGAUUCAAAGGUCGGUCAGCACAAAGCAGAUAUUGCACUUAUAGUAUCUAAAUCUGGAUUCAGCCUCGUCUAUUUCGGUCUAUUAUAUGCCUGGGGUAUACACAAGUGGAUAUACACACGCAACACGGUCGUACACACAAUACUUUUUUUAUUCAUCAUGUGUUGUUUAGGUGUGUUUUUAAAGUACUUCCAGAUUUUAACUUUUUUUUAGCUUUAAUUGGUAUUAAUUUAUUGGUUUUAUUUUGUAUUAUAAAAAGUAUUGUAUUUAAUAAUAAUAUAUUUUCUAC